UCAAACUCAGGUCCUUAUGCUUGCAAGGCAGGCAGCAUCAAUUAUGCUUUUUAAUGAAACCAAAUUCAAGCUUCAAAAUGCUGCCUAAGUACAAUCAAUUGAAGGACUCAAUGCCAUGAAAAUAAGAUUUGAAACGAGCUAUUAUUAUCUAUGUUGUAGCAAAAUCAUUCAUUAGAUAUUUGUCUGCCCCAGUAUUUAGUGAAUGGUGAUCUCCUAGGCUCCCUCUAUAAGCUCUGCUUUAGAAACAAUGCACAGUUGCCCUUCCAGUGACCCAGCGGAAGAACCAGUGCUCCUCUUCUUCUUUAGCAGUGUCAAUCUAGCAUCAGAAUUGCUGUCUGAAAAAAUGUGCAUACACAUGGAUUUAAUGACAAAGACAUGGAGUUAAUAUUUUAAGGAUUCAGCCCCAUUCUUUGCUUUUGCUUUGUUUUGUUUUUGAGACAGGGUCUCACUAUGCAGUUCAGGAUGGCCUUGAAGUCACUUCAUAGCCCACACUAGUCUUGGACUCAUGACAUUCCUCCUGCCUUAGCCUCCAGAGUGCUGGGAUUACAUACAUGUACCACCACACCUGGCUCUCAGUUCAGCUUUUUAUGAGAGGAGUUGAGAUAUCCCAGGCUGUGACUCUCAACUUUUCUUCAAGAAAUAUAUGUGUGAUCAUUUAGGAAGCAGUGACCUUUGAGGAUGUGGCUGUGAACUUCACCAUGGAAGAGUGGGCUUUGCUGAAUGUAUCUCAAAAGAAGCUCUACAGAGAUGUGAUGGGGGAAACCUUUAGGAAUAUAGCUGCUAUAGGAAGAGCCAGGGAUAAGCAGGAAGUUGAAGAAGAGUACAAAAAUAACUGGAGAAAUCUAAGAGAUGAAGAGAUAGAGAAAUGCUUUCAAAAUAGAGGUUGGAAUCAAUAUAAAGAAAUAUUCCUUUGGACUCCAGAUGCUAAUGUGGACAUGAAACAAGCUACUUUAAAGCCAGCUGAAAGCAUUGAUUGCAGAAAGCCCCUGAUUGAGCACUUGUCACUAAAUGUGCCCAUCAUAGAUCACACUGCACUGAAAAUGUAUGAGUACUUGGGAUUGGAAGAGAAGCUAUACAAAUGUGAUGAGCAUGGAAGAACCUGUGAUGAUUUCCAGUCCUUUCAGAGGGAUGCAAGGACAAAGACUGGAGAAAAACCCUGUGGAUAUGAUCAAUGUGGGAAAUCGUGCUGUGAUCUUAGCAAAAGAACUCAGCUUAGAGAGAAGACCUCUGUGUAUAAGAAAACUUUGAAAGCCUCUAGCACACGUCAUGAUGUUCCGAUCCAUGAAAGAAAUCACAAUGGGAGGAAACCCUACAUAUGUAGGCAAUGUGGGAAAGCUUUCAGUAGGCGUCAACAUUGUAAACAACAUGAAAGAAUUCACACUGGGGAGAAACCCUAUGUAUGUAAGCAAUGUGGGAAAGCUUUUAGUACCCAAGGUUAUUGUAAAAUACAUGAAAGAAAUCACACAGGGGAGAAACCCUAUAUAUGUAAACAAUGUGGGAAAGCUUUUAGUACACAAGAUUAUUGUAAAAAACAUGAAAGGAAUCACAUAGGAGAGAAACCCUAUGUAUGUGAGCAGUGUGGUAAAGCUUUUAGUACACAUCGUGAGUGUCAAAAACAUGAAAGAACUCACACUGGGGAGAAACCCUAUGUAUGUAAACAAUGUGGGAAAGCUUUUAGUACACAAGAUUAUUGUAAAAUACAUGAAAGAAUUCACACUGGGGAGAAACCCUAUGUAUGUAAACAAUGUGGGAAAACUUUUAGUACACAAUGUCAUUGUAAAAAACAUGAAAGAAAUCACACUGGGGAGAAACCUUAUGUAUGUAAGCAAUGUGGUAAAGCUUUUAGUACACAAGGUUAUUGUAAAAUACAUGAAAGAAUUCACACAGGGGAGAAACCCUAUGUAUGUAAGCAAUGUGGGAAAGCUUUUAGUACACAAGGUUAUUGUAAAAUACAUGAAAGAAAUCACACAGGGGAGAAACCCUAUGUAUGUAAGCAAUGUGGGAAAGCUUUCAGUCAGCGUGAGCAUUGUAAACAACAUGAAAGAUACCACACUGGGGAAAAACCUUAUGCAUGUAAGCAAUGUGGGAAGGCUUUCAGCAGACAUAGUCAUUGUCAAAUACAUGAAAAAACUCACACUGUGGAUAAACCCUAUGUAUGUAAGCUGUGUGGGAAAGCCUUUAUUAUACAGCGUUAUUAUAAAAUACAUGAAAGAACUCAUACUGGGGAGAAACCCUAUGUAUGUAAGCAAUGCGGAAAAGCUUUUAGUACACAAGAUUAUUGUAAAAAACAUGAAAAAAUUCACACAGGAGAGAAACCCUAUGUAUGCAAGCAAUGUGGGAAAGCAUUUAGCACACAAUGUUGUUGUAAAAAACAUGAAAGAACUCACACUGGAGAGAAACCCUAUGUAUGCAAGCAAUGUGGGAAAGCUUUUAGUAAACAAGAUUAUUGUAAAAUACAUGAAAGGCAUCACACUGAGGAGAAACCCUAUGUAUGUAAACAAUGUGGGAAAGGUUUCAGUCACCGUGAACAUUGUAAGCAACAUGAAAGAUAUCACCCUGGGGAAAAACCUUAUGUAUGCAAGCAAUGUGGGAAGGCUUUCAGCAGACACAGUUAUUGUCAAAUACAUGAAAGAACUCACACUGGGGGAAAAUCUUAUGUAUGUAAGCAGUGUGGAAAAGCUUUUACUACACAAGGUUAUUGUAAAAUACAUGAGAGAAAUCACAAGGGAGAAACCCUAUGUAUAUAGACAAUGUGGAAAAGCUUUCUGCAUUCCUGGUGUUGCCAAAGAUGUAAAAAUUUAAAAUAGGGAGAAACCAUAUGUAUAUAAGCAUUGUAGGAAUGCUUUCAGUAGACACAUGUAUUAUCAAAUACAUGAAACAAGUCUCACUGGGGAGAAACUAUAUAAGCCUUUUUUGAAAAUCCCAUGAAAAUUUCUUGUGUAGUAGAGACCUGUAGGAAUAAUUAAUACAAAAAGCUUGAUAUCAAUAUUUCUCCAUAAAAUUUCCAGAAAAUACAAUCCCAGAUAGCCUAAAGUAAAUGCAUUGUUUUUCAGUAAACCACUUAAAUAUCUGAUUGUGUACCUACAGUGUUUAAUAUAAAAAUACUGAGUUGAUGUAAUUAGGUUUUUUUGUUUUUGCUUUUGUUUUUUUUAGUUUGAGCUUAAUACAUUACCUUUUAACUAAGGAUGGAGAAUUGAAAUGUAUUUUUUUGCUUUCAAGUAGUGUUAGUAUUUAUGUAGUUUUUAUUUAAUAUUUACAAUUGGGAGGUCUAGGCCACUAAAAAACUAAAAAACUUAAUUUUAUCAAUUGCUAUUUGUAAUUAGGAUUAUGCCACUACCUUUGUUAUAUAUUUUUUGAUGUAUGCUCUGUAUUCUGUGUAACAAAAGAUAUUUUUAAAUUUUAUACCAUAUUUUAUAUUAUGACAUAAUUUCAGAGACUUCUGAACAUGUUUUUUUACAGUUGAUUUUCACUCAACUUAUAGUUAGCACAUUGUUCCUCAUUCUAUGACAAGAUA